UUCUGAAGAAAGAAGACUUGUGCAUCUUUUUAGCACUACAUAUGGAAAAUUUACCAAGUGAAUCACAGGAAUCUCACAAGUCUCACAAGUGUAUUACUGGCCAAAUAUUGAAAUUACAAUGGCAAACUCAGAGCCUGAUCUGGUAAAACAUGCUAAUGCCAUCUUUACAGAAAGCUAUGUUGUUGCAGCAGUAUGUGUACCAACAAUAGCCACCCAAAGAAAAAUGCAAAUACUUAAUUCAAAUGGAAAAGCAUCUUCUAAUGAUGAUUUAGUACCAGUUUCAUCUAUAUUUGAUGAGAAAAUUAAUGUGGAUAUUUUAAAAGAAUGUAACUUGGAACACCUGAAGGAAGACCAACUGAAAAAAUACAAAGAAAAUCUUACUACAGCAAAGGACUGUUUUAAAUCUCUGGCAAGUCGCAAAGAUGAAAAAAUAAUAAUCUUAGAAGAGAGGGAAUCCACUAUAAAGAAUAAUCCCAAGUAUACCCAUGCGUUACAGCUCUGUGAUUUAUUAGCAUCCAGAAGUGACAAUAAUAAUGGAGUGGGGACGGUGAUUUACAAGGAAGACAACAUUGUUGCCCUGGGCUACAGUGGAUAUCUAAAAGGGGCAAUGAAUAGUUUAUUUUGCAAGAAGGCGGAUGUUGAUUUUUACCAGCAUGCAAUUGUAUGUGCAGAAGCUAAUGCACUUAUUAUGAGUUCUGAGAGAGACCUGUGUAAUGCUGAACUCAUCACUACACGUGAACCCUGCCAUGACUGUCUGAAACUAAUCCGAGCAAAGAACAUAGCGAAAGUCAUUUGGCCUCUCCGGGACAGAAAUCAAUCCAGAGGAUUAACUGAGGAUCCUUCAGAGGGGUGAUCUGAUGGUGCUGCCAAUGGUGAACCAGCAUAAAGCUCCACAACAUCAACAUGGGCUUUAGGAUCCAAUUCUCUCAGACCCUCAGUGGUGUUGGAAUAAUAACCUUGUGAUGGCAGCUGCUCUGGAUGUGCCCACCCCAUUCCAGAAGCACACCUCAUACCAAUACCCCUGCCACCUCUUUUCUUGUUGUUGCUUCUGCUGUGCUCCAUCAGGAUUUGUUUCUUUCUGUGACUUAGGGGUGGAAAAAGCAUUUGCUUCUAAUGUACCUCUAAGGAGCAGCCAUGCCCAACUGUGUGGUGUCUGUAGCCAUGAAGGCAGUGGUUAUUUUCUGCAGUCCUCAUUCCAUCUGAAGGAGGUUUUAUUCUCUUGGGUUAG